CAGUGCAAGACUGCCCGAUGGUGAUGAACCUGUCUGUAAAGAUGCUGCCUUUAGCCAGUUUUGUAGAGAUUUAAGAUGUCCAGAAGACAUUUCAGCCAAAGCCUUGGCAAUAUGGGCUAAGCUUUUCUGUGUAGUAAGUGAUAUACAAGAUUUUAAGGUUAACCCACCAGAAUGGUACAUCUGUGUAAUCUACAUUGCAUCACUAGAUAUUAGGGAGCCUUAUGGCUUGGGUGACCCAAACCUUCAAGCUCUGGAACGUGACUCGGCAACUAUGACAGUUUCCCAGCUCAUCUCAGCAGCUCAUGUCACAAUGUUAACAUUCUUUAAGAAGAUGCGUAUUGUGAGAGAGCUGCUGCCAUUCAGCGAACCAGUAUCCUACAGGUUCCGUGCGCUAGAACGUAAAUAUUGCGUCACAUCGUGCCUCUUCUACAAGUUCGAAAGGUUGUUUCCAGACUUAUUUAGAGAAGAACACAGUGCAUUUCUUAUAAGUGGCGAAAAAGAAAAUGUUGAUACAGCUGAAUUAAACACGAACAGAGUGAAACAGUGGAUAUGGACGCUUUUUCUUCUUGCCAAAGAUAGGGCGCUGUCGUGUGGACAUGAAUUGAUCACGGCAUUCCACCUUCUACUGUGUGCCUGUGACCACGUCAUCAUGUCUGUACCAAGCUUCACUCUGCAGAGCCCAUUCGCGGACACGGUGGUGGGAAGGUCGUCACUCGAGCAGCCUCACACGAUCCUGGAAAUACUCGCCGGCCAGACGAACACGACGCUGGAGGAGAUACUGCGUGUUCACGUCACGUACUGGCAGCCUUUCGUCUGCUCUGUCCCGCACGCCGACGUGGCGAGUCUCGCUCAGCUCUACCAGAAGCAUUACCGUCGCCACGGUGAUUUUGAGGAGACGCAGUUCCUCGAGCACAACCCACUGCUGAUGCCGAAACCCUCGCCUCCGUCGCCGGCAGGGGACGCCGCUGCUGCCCAGGGGGCGCUGCCUCCCACGCCGGUGCGAGCUGCGCUGAACACGCUGCAACAGCUGCGCUCGAUCCUCGCCAAGUCACCAACGAAUCCCAGCGAGCAGUUGCUUGCAUUCUUCAGGAACUGUUCGAUAGACACGGGUGAGCUGAUUCAGUGCCGCGCGAGACAGAUGCAGGAGCAGUUCGUGAACAAGUUUCUCACGGCACUGCCGGCGGUAUCCGGCAGCUCCAGCCUGUUUGAGCAGACGGCGCGGCAACGCUACACGGUGGCCAGCAGCCUCUACUACCGCGUGAUGGAGUCCAUGCUACGCACGGAGCAGGAGAGACUGGCCACAUCGGACCUGACGCCGUUGCUGUGCAGCGACUCGUUCCACCGCUCUCUGCUUGCCUGCUCCGUCGAGGUCGUGCUCACAGUGUACGGAGCAACGUCAGGUGCGCUGCUCGGGGAGCACGAUCUCGCGUCGGAGUUUUCCUUUCCAUGGGUGCUCGACGUGUUCGACCUGAAGCCGUUUCACUUCGUCAAAGUGUUGGAGAGUUUCAUCAAAGCCGAGCCGAAGCUAACGAGUGAUGUCGUCAAGCACUUGCAGAAUGUUGAGAACAGCAUACUGGAGCAGCUAGCCUGGCAGGAGAACUCGCCUGUCUUUGAUCUGCUCACUCACUGGGCCGCAACAAGCACGAGUCCCUUACAUCAAGGGGACUACCCCACACAGCUGUUCCGCUCACCGAUCCGGCCACCAGGGGGCACUCAUCUGUCGCCGGUGUCGCCGUCGCGGCGAGCCGGUCACUCGUACUCGCUCGCAUUGUUUCUGAACAAGGUCUGUCGCCUCGCUCAUAGUCGUCUGCAGGCGAUGUGCAAGUACCUCGACAUACCCACGGACGUGGUGCAGAAGAUUUGGACAUGUUUGGAACACGUGGUCACCCAGAAGUCAGACCUUCUUAGAGAUCGACAUCUAGAUCAGAUGAUGAUGUGCAGUGUGUACGCGAUCUGUAAGGUUCUCUGUGAGCGGGAGGUGAAGUUCAAGACGAUUGUAUCCGCCUAUGGGCGGAUGCCCCACACCUCCCAAGGGGUUUACAGGAAAGUUGUUAUUACGGGUUCUUCCACACAUUCGAUCAUCACCUUCUACAACACGAUCUUCAUGCAAGCGAUGAAAAACCACAUCCUCCAGUACUCCACCACACGAGGGCAGCCUGCUUCCCCAGGAUCAGGAAAUGGGGAAAAAGUCACAGUCUCGCCACACACGCCCAGUCAACGACUCCUUGCCUCACCAAUGUACUCGUGA